AGCAGUGUGCAGAGUAGUAUUCAGUGCGUCGUGCGAAAAGCAGUCGAGCUUGGCGAGGUCGCCUUUUGCGUUGGCACGGAAAUUCGUUCGUCCGUGUUUUUAGUUACUGUUCCCGGACUGAGAAAACUUCUGUGCAUUAUCGUCCCCGUAUCUGUUACAUCUUGGUGCGAUCAAACGAAAGUGAUGAAGUGUGAUUCUGUGCGCGAACGUGCAGGGCGUAGCCAGGCGUUGUGCAAAAUCGUCUGAAAACGAGGGACGACUAGGCGGUGCGUGACAGUCUGGGUCUGCCAUUGGAAAGGAUAUCUUGUUGUCUUUUUCGCACCAGUGGCACUUUGCAUACUCGCGGUGUUCUCUGCAUCAUCAUUAUCGUCAACUUUUCUCGCGCUCUCUCUCUUUCCAGCUCCUUCCAGCCUGGCUCUCUGUCCAGCUUCUUGUUCCGUCAUACUAUCCCAUCCCGUACUACUUUUAUACGCGCUGUACAGUCAAAACGGAGGAACGUUCACGCAUGGUGCAGUCUCGAAGGCAACAAAGUCACGAAUUCAAGUACGAGGUGAACGAUCAACAUGAACAGCAGAUGACUGUUGGCCGAGCCGAUGCUCGUUCGACUUUAAUAUGAGCGAAGUAGUGGCUGUUACACCUAGUGGUGGAUCGACAAGCCAGGAAAGCGUGGCACACGUAAAACGACAUAAAUUAGCCAACUGUAAUGUUCCUCUCGUGCAUGGACGGACGAAUCCGCCGAUCAACAACCGUAACAGGCUGACCACCCAUCAACGAAAUCAUAGUUUGGACUUUAGGUCAAUGGGUAUCCUAUUGCCGCCUGUUCCGCAGGCGAGCGCGACAACGCUGACGCACCAUCACAGAAAUCGAAGUCUCGAUUCCGCGCUACAACGAAUCCCGGAGGUAGACGUUACACCGAGCCCGGAAUGCGAGACGACACCGGCUCCGGUGGCUAAGGCCGCGGUGCCAGCGUGCAAAGCGCGCAACCGUGAGGGCGAGGAUCUCGCCAGUCUCGGAUCCGAUGACUCGGGUAUACUUUGCGGUUCCGACAGCGGUUCCAGCGACGCUACGAACGCGGCGACGCGAGAGUCGAGCGUGGACCACCUUCACAGCCGUGAGAGCCUCGACUCCACGUUGUCGCAGGCGGGUGACAUGGAUAGCGUGGACGCGGUGGACGGCGAUGAAAACAGUGUACGCGUCUCGGUGUCGGUGCCAGUGUCGCCCGUUGAACUGGUGCAUUUAAGUGAACCUAGUAAGGGUAAUAGUAACGUUGAUCGUAACGAGUUGGCGAACAGUGAUUCCAGUGAGUCGCACGAGCCGUUGCGGUCAGUUAGCGCAAUCGUUGAGCUCGAGGCGAACGAAUACGCACGCGACAUGGGAGUGACGGUCGACGAGACGCGGGAUUUCCAGAACACGUUGGAAAUCUCGCCAGUGAACGAUAAGCAAAGCGAGUUGGCUGGCGCGGCUAUGACUUUGUGUUGCGGGACGACCGUGCAAUCCGAGGCUAACGAGACUGCGGUGAAAAAACAGACUGGUGUCAUUUGUCGGAGGCAAGAAACGGUUCAACCGAAACCGUCCGAAGGAUGUUUGCUCAGACUGUUCGAGAGCCAGAUAUUCGACAUGUCGAUGGCGAUUUCUUAUCUUUUCAAUUCUAAGGAGCCUGGCGUUCAGAGCUAUCUUGGGAACAAGAUGUUUAGUUUCCCAGAUAACGAUGUAGACUUCUAUUUACCACAGCUGGUUGUAAUGUACAUACAACUUCACGACGUUACAGAAGUCCUUUAUCCAUAUCUUGUCCAUAGGUGUAGACAGUCAGCAGAUUUCUCGUUAAAAUGUGCCUGGCUAUUAGACGCGUAUAGUUCCGACGCUCAUUUGCCAUCCAAAAAGAAGUCUCAUGGGACCAAACUAAAAAAUCUUAUUCUCUCGGAUGAACUCAGGCCAAAAGGGAAUGAGAAUAAGAAGCAACGUGUAGCUGGAUUGCAGGCUCCUUUACCAGCAUUGUUAACAACAGUGCUAAGUGUUACAUCUCCUAAUAAAAAGACACACCAAAGAUCUCAAUCUGAUGCCACUGGAUUAUUUCAAACACUACGUCGUAGCCAUUCCGGUACAAUAAAUAAAGUAAGUCUUGGGGACCUGAGCUCUGGUCGAGCAUUUGACAAUGGUUGUACCUGUUUUUAUUCCUGCCAAGGUGUGGUAAAUGAUCUACGAGGACAAAAAACCGACUGCUUUUGCAAUGCGCCACGUCUUGCUCCAGAACUCGAAUUUAUACAAGCAUUAAUAUCAAUUGGUAAAUUGCUUGGAACUAUUCCAACAAAGGAAAGUAAAACUGUUCAAUUAAUAGCGGAGCUUAAUACUCUCAAUUUGAAUCUCCCUGCAAGGGUGUGGCUUCCUUUGCACAGUUCAGUACCACAUCAUAUCGUACGAGUGCCACCACAAUAUGCCGCUGUCCUUAAUAGUAAAGAUAAGGCACCAUACAUAAUUUACGUUGAAGUGUUAGAAGUAGAAGAUAUUUAUACAUCGCCUGUACCGACAAAAAUAGUGGGAUGUUCAUUAAGGCAUACUAAAUCCGAAGAAAAUUUAACUGGGGGCGAACAAUCUACUGUGAUUGAUUCAUCAAACAUAUCCACUUCGGAAAUACAACAGAACAUGCCACCGAUUAGACAAACUCCGGUUAAAAAUAUUUCUCCAUAUUCUGUGAGAAGCACGGAUGUCGCAUUUCAUUUCCCCGAUGAUGAUCCUAACGAUUGUUGGAGCCAAGAAGACGAUGAAAUUACACAACAGUAUUUACAACUCCGCAAGCCAAAAGAUAGGGACACGAUAUCUCAAUUGAGCCAAGAGUCAUCGGACAGCAAAGAACCAAUAUUUGUACCUGGUGAUAUAAAGCGACGGUUAAGUGAAAUGGCUGCUACACCUAGCGCAACGUUUAAUCAUGAUCCGGAAGAUCCGUCGGCUGCUGUCUUGAAAGAACCAUGGGAAUUAAAACAGCGUCGCAUAAGGGCUUCCAGUCCGUACGGUCAUUUAGCGUCAUGGAGACUUCUUGCCGUUAUCGUGAAAUGUGGCGACGAUCUGCGACAGGAGCUUCUUGCUUCGCAAUUACUUUCGAUGCUGCAAAAAAUUUGGCAGGAUGAACAAGUACCUCUUUGGGUGCGACCCUACAAAAUUUUAUGCUUAUCUAAUGAUAGUGGUUUAAUUGAACCAAUUUUGAAUACUGUAUCGUUACACCAAGUGAAGAAACAGUGCCAAUUGACGCUUGUUCAAUACUUCGAAAGAGAAUUCGGUUCAUCUACAUCGGAAACGUUCAGCAUUGCGCAGAAGAAUUUUAUUCAAAGUUGUGCGGCAUAUUGUCUUGUCUGUUAUCUCAUUCAAGUUAAAGAUCGUCACAACGGAAAUAUUUUGCUUCAUAGCGACGGCCAUCUAAUACAUAUAGAUUUCGGAUUUAUUCUUUCAACUUCACCGAGAAACCUUGGUUUUGAGACCAGUCCGUUUAAAUUAACACCUGAAUUUGUAGAGGUUAUGGGUGGAAGUCAAUCUAAACAGUUCCAGGAAUUCAAGACCUUGAUCCUCCAAGGAUUGAUUGCAGCGCGGAAGCAUAUGGAAAAAAUAGUUAACCUCGUAGAGAUCAUGUUGUCAGGAUCGCAACUUCCGUGUUUCCGUAGCGGCGGGGCAGCAACUGUUCAAGGAUUGAAGAACAGAUUCAAUCUUACACUGACAGAAGAUCAAUUACGCCGGCACGUGGAGGACUUAGUUGAAGCCAGUAUCCAUUCGUGGUCUACUAAAUUAUAUGAUCGGUAUCAAUAUUUCGCAAACGGCACCCUUUAAUAAUAACAAUAAUUUUUAUUUGCGCGGCAAAGAUAAUAGUUUUUAUCUGAAAGCGAAAAACUUGCGUUUGGUAAUAUGAUACUUCUUCCAGAAACUUUUAAACUUUAUAGCAUUCCGUAAGCACAAAUUACCUUCGAACUUAAUUAUUUGAUCGCGUGCAGAUACGGUCAAUACAUAGGAAAUGCUGUCUAAAAAAAAUACAUUUAUUCCAAAUAGGGUAGGCUGAUUUCGAUAGAUUAAUUUUACUCGCUCUUAAAUUAUUCCUUAGUUUCUUAAAAUAAUAUGACAACCGUCUUUGAUAAAACUUGUACAAAUACCAUAUUCGUCGGUAAAUAGGAAUGAUUUACGAAAAGUAUCGUUCGGGAAAUCUUACGCGUCACGUGACCCGUGAAAGAUAGUAAACGAAACAGGGAAUAAUUUAUGAAAUUUUUAUUGUUACGUUAAGCAAUAUUGAAUAUGUAUAAUUGGUUUUGUUGUGUACGUUAAAAUGACUAUGUAUGCCUUAUUGGCAACUACGAGUUAACUAUCGUCGGUGCAGACUAUGUGACAUUGACUGAAUGUUGGACUGCUAGAUCGUUAUAGCCUAUAACAGCGUAAUUUGUUAAAGGUGCCUUAUUUGUAGAGAAUGGCGGAAUGAUCAAAUCUGAACACAGUGAAGUGACUACGUGCGUUGAACUACUAAGAAAAAAAACUGAUCUAUUAUGAAAAGGACAAUCUAUAGUUUGUACAUAAAUACAUUGCGCGAACUUUUGUCGAAUUCCUUUCGUAGUUAAUUUUCGGCAAUAAAUAAUCCCACCAUGAUAAUGAAGGGUUUACACGGUGUUUAAGACUCGUAUAGGAUCUUCGAGUGGAAAAAGUGUGUAAACAGGCUCAGAUAUUAGCAGAAGACGAAUACUCAAAAUAUUUCCUACUUUAUAGGUUAUAAUAUUAUAAAUAUAUUUAAUUGUAACGGUACACUAAGGAGUAACUAUAGUAAAAUCUAAGGAUCACAUUUGAAAGUUUUUACAUGUUCUUAUUACAUACGAUAAUAGUCAUAAUGCGAAAUAUCUUAGUUGUGUGAAGAUAGUUAUUUAAUAGUAUUUCUGCGUUACAUAUGUUCGUUUAAGUAAAUUAUAAAGUAAAGAGGUAUUGUAUAUAAA